AUGCUGAGGGCGCCGCUGUCGCUGCUGCUCCUGCCGCUGCUGCCGCUGCCUCCCCUGCGCGGGGCCGCGGCCGGGCCGCCCGAGAAGCGCGUGGUGCAGAAGGAGGCGGCCUUCGAGCAGCUCUACGGCGACGCCGUCAACGAGGAGCUGCUCAACAUCUACGCCUUCAACCACAGCGUCUCCCGCAACCGGACGGAAGGCGUCCGGGUGUCGGUGAACGUGAUCUCCCAGCAGAAGGAGCGGCCGGUGCUCUUCCCGGUGCUCUUCGUGGUGCGGCAGAAGGAGGCGGUGGUCUCCUUCCAAGUGCCCUUAAUCCUCCGGGGCCUGUUCCAGAGGAAGUACCUCUACCAAGAUGUCAGCCGCACUUUGUGCCAGCCGCCCACCAAGAGCGAAGUGGAGACCCAGUUUUUCUUCGUGGACGUCUCCACCCUCUCGACCACCAACACCUCUUACCAACUGCGGGUCUCCCGCGUGGAGAACUUUGUGCUCAGGACAGGGGAGCCCUUCACUUUCAACGCCACAGCAGCCCAGCCACAGUACUUCAAGUACGAGUUCCCCGAGGGGCUGGACUCCGCCAUCAUUAAAGUGACCUCAACCACGGCCUUUCCCUGCUCGGUCAUUUCCGUCCAGGACAUUCUGUGUCCCGUCUACGACCUGGAUAACAACGUGGCUUUCAUUGGCACCUACCAGACCAUGACCAAGAAGGCAGCGAUCACCGUGCAGAAGAAGGAUUUCCCCAGCCACAGUUUCUACGUGGUCGUGGUAGUGAAGACCGAAGAUGAAGCUUGUGGGGGGCCUUUACGUUACUACCCUCUUUCCAAAGAUGAGCCUAUUGACCAAGGCCACCGCCAGAAAACCCUGGACGUCGUGGUGACCCCUGCAGUCAGUUCAGAGACCUACCUGAACGGCAUCCUCUUCUGCCUGGCCGUCUUCCUGUCCUUCUACGUCCUGACGCUGCUCAUUGCCUGCUGGGAGAACUGGCGGCGGCAGAAGCGGAGGCAGCGGCAGCUCCAGGUCCUGAGUGCGGUGGACACUCCCUGUUCCGAUGGGGGGGUGCGAGCCUCUCUUCUUGGGGGGCUUCCGGAUUCCUUCCAGGGACACCCUGCCCUCAGCAGUCAGAGCUACGGCUCCUUUGCAGACACGGGGUCGGCCGCCAGCAGCGAGAACGUCACGGACAGCCUGCUUUCCACAGAGGCCUCCUCCAACUACGCCGGGCAGCACAUGUGCCAGCAGCGGCAGAGACACUGGGCAGCCUUUGCAAUGGAUCGCUCCCUAGAGAACGUGGUGGGGCGGCCGCGGCUCGACUCGCUCAGCUCCGUGGAGGAGGACGACUACGACACCCUGACUGACAUCGAGUCGGACAAGAACGUCAUUCGCACCAAGAAGUUCCUGUGUGUGUCUGAUCUGGCACGCAAAGACAAGCGAGUCCUGCGGAAGAAAUACCAGAUCUACUUCUGGAAUAUCGCCACCAUUGCUGUCUUCUACGCCCUGCCGGUCGUCCAGCUGGUCAUCACCUACCAGACGGUGGUGAACGUGACUGGCAACCAGGACAUCUGCUACUACAACUUCCUCUGCGCCCACCCUCUGAGCAACCUCAGUGCCUUCAACAACAUCCUGAGCAACCUGGGCUACGUCCUGCUGGGCCUCCUCUUCCUGCUCAUCAUCCUGCAGCGCGAGAUCGGCUACAACCGGGCCCUGAUACGCAACGACUUCCAGGCUGUGGAGUGUGGCAUUCCCAAGCACUUCGGCCUCUUCUACGCCAUGGGCACCGCCCUCAUGAUGGAGGGCCUCCUGAGCGCCUGCUACCACGUCUGCCCCAACUACACCAACUUCCAGUUUGACACCUCCUUCAUGUACAUGAUUGCCGGGCUGUGCAUGCUGAAGCUGUACCAGAAGAGGCACCCGGACAUCAACGCCAGCGCCUACAGCGCCUACGCCUGCCUGGCCGUCAUCAUCUUCUUCUCGGUCGUGGGGGUG